AUGUCGGAAGAGCCCCCAAUAUUACCACUUCCUUCAUUGGAAUAUUCACAACCAAAAUCUCCACGGAAAACUGUAACUGACAGACUCUUUGGCGACCAACAACAAAACACAAAACUUCAGGCUCACAUGUCUUUGGAUGCAACAGGAGAAAGAUACUUAAAACAACCACCAUCACCCCAUCACAUGAAAUAUCCACCAAAACCUCCUACUAUUCCACCUAAACCACUAGCUUACAAAAAGCCUUGGAACCCUGCUAAAGUCUCAGGCUCGACAUCGCCAAAUGUUUCAAACCAACAAAGUCCAGAAAGGCUAUCGAAUGGCACUCCUGUGCCCCAACAUAAACCACCCCCACCACCUAAACCAAUCCACAAAGAACAGAACUUGACAAACCCACCUAUUCAAAGAACUAACCCUCCAAGUGUAACAUCACAACCUGUUACACAACCUCAAACUAGUGUGAUGGUGCAAAACAUCAACGUGGCACCAUCGUAUCCAAGCGACCAACAACAGGCUUUUAGAGGAGGGUAUAACUCAGCCCCUGCAUCAACACAAAGCCCACAAAGCAUUCAAAGCCCUCAAAAUGUACAACUGGAGAAUUGCACACAAGUUAAGGAUGUCCAGAAAAAAGAUAAAAAGGACGACAAGAAAGAAAAGAAAAAGGUUUUUGGCAUAUUUAAGAAGAAAGACAAACACGCCGAUGAGGAUUUUGUCAUCAGCGAGCCUACUGGAUUCUCACAGAUUCUUUCGAUUAAGCCCGACAGUAAAUCGGAAAACCCACUUGUUAAGUACGACGGUAAAACGGAGAGAGCGAUGAUACCCCUCAACCCUCCAAUUACGUUGUUGAACAAAAGAACAAUCAAAUCACCCGAAGAAUAUUUUGAAUUGGUGACGGAAAUGCACAACAGCCAAUUACUGUUUGACGAGUGGAGUUCCCCUGUUGUGCCUGUAGAAAAGUGGGAAAUGAAGUAUGCGGAAGGGUGGGAAACUCGAGCAGUGAUUACAAACGACUGUGUGAAGGAAGGGUAUUGUAUUGAAAUUGGACGGGGAGCAGCAACCAAUUCCACUGACCUUAAAGAGUACUUGAUCGUCGAUAUCACUUCGGACUUCUGUUUUUUCGAGAGAUACGUGAAAGGAAACCCUCAAGCUGAACAUUAUACAUUAACCGAUGAACCGACUGUACUAAGUGUGAUACCCGGCGUUAAUAAUGGAUUCAGAAGAGGAAUUGUAAUGUCGAAACGAGGAAAUAUUCGGUGUUUGAUACCAAAUGAAAUUGUUAAGAUGAAGGAAUUUAAACCUGCAUUUCCAGACUUAACGAAAGGUGUAUUUUCAAAGGUCGUAGAUGUCGACAAAUUCGAGAAAGAGGUUGCUCGGUACGAGAAUAUGGCUGCUAUCACGCACUAUAAAUUUGGAGUGUUGUACUGCCAAAAAGACCAAACGAAUGAAGAUGACAUGUUUGGUAACACAACACCCGUCCCUGCAUUUUAUAAGUUCCUUGACUUGUUGGCGGACAAGGUCACGUUACAAGGGUUUGAUAAAUAUCGAGGAGGUCUUGAUGUGAAAAGUGGAAGUACUGGGGCAUAUAGUUACUUUACUCAGUAUUUGUGCUACGAGAUAAUGUUCCACGUCUCAACUUUACUUCCAGAACAGCCCGGCGAUUUGCAAAGAGUUGAAAAGAAACGACAUAUUGGGAAUGAUGUCAUCGUCUUUAUAUUCAAGGAAGCAGGUAAUGAUAGCAAUAAGUUCAACCCAAUGUGUUUGACUUCACAGUUCAAUCACGUUUUCAUUGUUGUUCAGCCCGACACAAACACUGAAGAUAAUGAAGGGUACACUAUCAAUGUUGGAUGCAAAUCUUCUGUCAACCCAUUCCCUCCUUUCAUGACUUCAGCGUACUUCAAACAUGAACCAGCAACACGAGAAUUUUUGCUUCGAAAGGCGGUCAACGGAGAAAGAACUUCAAUGUUCUCAACCGCCUUUAAGGGUAACGCGACAAAAACGAGAAGACAACAAAUUGUUAUGUUAUUUCAAUAA